AAACCGACUUCGACCUAGGCUAGCCUGUGUGUAUAAUCUAAUACUCUGUUAUGUACAAUACACUGAUGUUGGUUAAAGAAACCAACUUACAGAAAAUGCUGUCACUGUCAUGUACAUUUAUGAUAUAAUCAGAAUGGUUAACACAUCUGCUCUGUGGUUUGUGGUGGUCGCCGCAAUGUGGGGAGGCACCAAUCCUCUAAUCAAGAGGGGAAGCAAGGGUGUGGAAAAUGUCAAAGAACAUAACAGGAUUCAACAGUUUUUAUCUGAACUAAAAUUUCUCUUCUUUAACUGGAAGUAUUUGAUUCCGUUCAGUAUCAACCAAGGAGGAUCUGUGGUAUACUAUCUAACACUAGCCACUGCAGAUUUAUCUUUGGCAGUUCCCAUCACAAAUUCCUUGACAUUUAUAUUCACAUCCAUUUCGGGGACAUUAUUGGGGGAGAAGCCUCCAUCAUUUGAAACCUGUGUGGGGAUGGCCUUAGUGGUGUGUGGGGUAUCACUUUGUGUGUUUGACAAAGUAUGAUUGAAGGAAGAUCAGAUCACCUGAUGUCCAACUCUUCAUCAGAAAAUGUGCAGUGACACAAACAGGAGUUCUGCCUGUUUACUGUCAACACCAAUGAGAGUGCCAUGCUCUGAAUCUCUGCAACAUCAGUUUGUCAUGUGACAGAAGACAGUGGCAAUAUGGACAAACUUGGAUCACAUGUUGAAAUGUACUACAAGUUUGAUUCCAUUUGUAUUUAGAAGCAUAUGUUGUUACUAGAAACACAUCUUCCAACCUGUGUAGUAAUUGGAACCAAGCUGAUGCUAUUGCCUCUUUAACAUUGUCUCAUAGGCAAAGGACAGUGACCAGUCAUAUGUAAGACAAAACAUCAAUAAUAUGGCAAUUAAUAUAUUCAACUUGAUGCAAUACGUAUAAUUACUGGCUUAAGAAAAGGAACUAGUCAUUCAGUAUUAUAUUAUGAAACUGGUAUUGUACCUCUCAUUGCUAGAAGACAUCUACAUCAAAAUAUUACUUUUUAUGAUAUUUUUAACAAUAACUGUCCGCAUCAUAUCACUGACUUACUACGACCUUUUAUUAACACCAAUGAUGUCUAUAAUUUUCGCCAUGCUAGAUUGUUUAAUAUUCCUGCCUUGAGAACUCAACUAUACAGCAAUAGUUUGUUUCCGUCCUUGAUGUCUGAAUGGAACAGUCCAUCCUGUCGGUUUCCCUCUAUGUCUUCCGUACGUGAAAUAAAAAAGGAAUGCUUACAAGCUGGUAUUACAGAUAAUUUCCCACUGUGUUCUGAAACAUUUAAAUAUUCUGGCGGAAGAAAAAUCAAUAUUAUAAUGUGUCGGUUAAGAAAUUCCGCUAGUAAUCUAAACUCUGAUUUAUUUUAUUCUCACUUAUGUGAUAGUCCUGCCUGCCAGUGUGGUUUUCCGAUUGAAGAUUCCUAUCACUAUUUUCUUUAUUGUCCUCUCUAUACUAAUCAAAGAAUUCGCUUAAGUAACUCCAUUGCUGUAUUAGAUGUUAACAUUCCUCUUUCUAUUGAAACUUUCCUCUAUGGAUAUAAUAGUCAUGUUUUUAAUUCAAAUGAUAUGUUAUUGAAGAUCGUAAAGGAAUACAUUAGAGAUACCAAACACUUUAUAUAAGAUAUUAAUAACUAAUUAUAAUUAAUUGAGUUGAUUUUAGAUUUAUUAAUUAAGAUGUGAAAAAUUAUUAAUCUAAGAGGCAUUUUGACAUGUCUAACAUACGCUUCGUGAUUUAUUUAUAUUCAACUUGCGAGACUCUCCGAAAUUGUCUGUUUAAUCACUAUUAUCUUUGCUUUACUACAUAUAUUUUCUAGUUGUGGAUUUUAUGUAUUGUACUGUUAUCAAUGUAAUUAUCGGGAGAGGGCUAAUAUAGGCAUUGCCUGUUGCCCAAUUCCCUUUGAAUUAACAUCUUCAAUAAAAUAUUCUGAAAUGAAAUGAAA